AUGGAAGAACUUGAUGACACGACAUCAGAAACAACAAAACCUAAUUAUCUCGCUUUACUUCAAGAAAUUAAUAAACUUUCAAGUUUAUCAACUAAUUUGAAUGGCAUGAAUAUCACUGAAAUAGAGACAAUCUUCAACAAUAUGACUGAGAAUAUCGAUCGAAUAUUGGAUCAAAUGAUUUUUAAAAAAAGUUCAAUGUUUCUCAUUACAACAUUAAACAUAAUUGUACGCAUCUCUACUAUCGAUGGAUCUGAUUUAUUUAUAUCACGACAACCUUUUCAGUCAAUGUUUGAAAAAUUGAAUCAUUUGAUUGAGUGUAUUCGUUAUGAAAAAGAUUAUUCUCCAGUGAUUGCCACUGAUAUUUUGGAUGCAAUGCUUCUGAACCUUGUAAAAGAUGAUUUUAUUGAAAUUUGCUUUCGACGGCUUCUUUCAAAUGAAACAGUAACAAUUGAAGAUUCUGUUGAAACCAAUGAAGAAUCUUCACAAGAAAAAAGCAUUGAAUUUCACGAUAUCGUGGGACAAUACCUAUUCCAUGCUCGCCAAUUUGCUGUCAAAGCAGUUAUUCGGUCGAAAUUUAUUAAUAACUGUCUAACAAACACAAAUGAACAUGUUUCUUUGCGUAUACUACCUGUAGCAAAUUCUGUCUUAACUCUAUUAUGUACUCUGACCGAUAAACUUACAAUAAUUUCUAUAUUUAUUGAUGCUGGUUAUACUCAAAAAACUAUCCAGUGGAUUCGUACAGAUAAAUUUGCGUCUCUUAUUAGUGAUAUUGGCGGUUCAAUAGUUAACAUUGUUUACAAUUUGACGAGAGACAAGACAGCUUUAAAACAGCUUCGUACAGAAAAAGCGUUCGACAUUUUGAUGGAACUUAAGCAAUCAAUUCAUAAUGAAAACGAUAGCUGGUUGACACUAACUUAUGGUUGGGCAUUAAUCGCACUAGCUACUAGUGAUGAACAAUCAGAAGAAAAUAAAAAACUUAUUCUUGAUACCAGCGAAAAUUUAUACCGAUUAUGUAAUGAAACUGAUCAAAAAGAUGACUUAUCAUCUGAUGGAUAUCAUUUAUCGGAACUGUUGGAAUUAUUAGAUCGUGCUUUCACAAACACAUAUGUAAUCAAACAUAUUUUGGAGGAUAAGAUCAAUGAAAAAUCAACAGCAAUACAAUACUUUACAGAACUUUUUUUAUCCCUUUACGGAGCUCUGCUAGAUCCAGAACCAGAUGAACUUGAAAAACGUGCUGUCAAAUAUUUACUUAGAAUUCUACUACAGAUUUCCAGUUAUCCAGAAUAUCUCAAACAAUUAAUUGAUAAUCAUCAGUUUUGUAUAAUCAUAGAAAGUCUUGCUAAUCGUCGAAAAUGCGAUGAUGCAAAGCGUAUUUGGUGUAAUAUUCAGCAAAUAAUGUCAACAAACGAACAAAAAAAAGAAAGGUCAUCGAAAAUCUACAUUAGCUAUGAUCGUACCGACGAAGAGUUUUGUAAAGAAUUUGUAAAAGAGUUGCGUAAGAGAAUGACGAUACCAAUUUGGGUUGACUAUGAAAAUGUUGACCUGUCUGAUGAUAUGUGGGAAUAUGUAUCUCCAAAUAUUAUAUCAGCAACAGUGGUUAUUACCUUGGUAUCAACAGCCUAUGGUGAAAGUACUGAUAAAUUUCAAGAAUUAUCUUACAUCAUUUCUACUAAUAAAUCAAGAGAUGAAAAGAAAGGCUUAAUCGUAGUCGCAACUGAACCUAAUUUCAAUUUCAACCGAUCUUGGAUGAAAGAUCUGUUACAUGACAAGACUAUGGUUUCCUAUGAAAAUAAUAUUGAUCAUAUGGUUUGGAACGUAUGUGAACAGAUUGGUGUGUUGAAGAAACCGCGAAUGAAAUGCCUAAGUUGGCUAUUCAAAAAUGGGCGGAGAAAAACAGCUCAAUCCAACGAUUUUUCAGCCAAAACUUUGAAAUUGAUUCCAGGAAAUGAUCAAGUCUAUUCUCAAAAAGAAUCCUCACAAGUGAACGGCAGUACCGAUAUUUUACUUGCAUCAGAAACACAUAGCUCACAGUCCAUUGUUACUGGACUAAUAACGCAAACUGGAUCUGUCAGUGGUUCAACCUGGGUAUGA